AUGAAUUUGAACGGCAAACGACCGGCCUCACCCACUCGUAUGCAGUCGGGCGACGUCCGGAAGAAGUCCCGCAAGGACGAUGACGGCGACGAAGCCAACAGCCCGGGAGCGGAUAAGGGCGACGAUGCCCCUAAGCAGAAGUCGACGCGAGGAUCACGAGCGUGCAUGGUAUGCCGCCGGCUCAAGAUGAAGUGCGUCGGCGCGGAAAAUGGCCCGCCCUGCAAGCGCUGUCAGGCGGGGAACCAUGAGUGUGUCUUCGAGGAGUCAAAUCGUGGGAAGCGCUCGACGAAAAAGCACGAGAUCCUCACUAGGUCACUGCGCAAGAUGGAGCGCACCCUCGACACCAUCUUUCGUUCGCUCGGCGCGCCACCCUCUGACGGCCCGUCGCGUUCACCAUCGCCCGCGGGGCAGCCACCACCGUCCGGCGAGACGCAUCCCUUGCUAGCUUCACCCCCUCAAUCGCCCAGACCUGCGAGCGCGACUAUACAACACACCCAACGACGAUCCUCAGACCAACUGCCUCCUUCGCCGAAGCUUCCAUCGCUCCCAGAUGAUAACCUCAACCCUCUCGGGCUGCUGGCGGAAGCAAGUUUGGCUAACCGGCGUGCGCAAGCUGGGGCAAAGAGUGAUCUGGCGAGCACGGCGAUGCUGGCACACAAGCAGGAGCCUAACAGGAUGGGCGUAGCUAGUGAUUUAUACUUCAAACCUGCAGGGCCAAUGAGCAUACUGCCACUGAGGCGGUUAUACAUCGAGCGGCAAAUCCAGCCGGAAAUGUUGACCUUCGUCAGUACUGACGAGGUCAUUACCCUCUUCAAAAUAUAUUUUGAUCACAUGAACGUACACUGUGCAUUACUCGAUCCCGAAUACCACACCCCAGCGCUAGUGUGUUCACGGUCACCAUUCCUGCUCACCACCAUUUGUGCCGUCGCCGCUAGGUUCUACGAUACACGCCCGGAGCUCUACCCUCGACUGGCUGAGCUAGCGAAGAAGCUGGCGUUCAAUGUGCCGGCGAGGGGAUACAAGUCCGUGGAAAUUGUUCAAGCCUAUCUGCUCAAUACUCUAUGGGGUUGUGGCCCUGUAGAGAGGUAUGAACAGGAUCGGACGUGGAUGCUACUUGGCAUGGGUAUCAGAUUGGCGAUCGAUCUCAACAUGCACCGGCCGACGAACCUGCCCAGUGACCUCGCAGACGAGACUCGUGCUCGUGAGCGAGAGAUUCAUAACCGACAACGGACGUGGAUAGUAUGCUUCAUCCUCGACCGAAGCUUCAGUGCCCAGAUGGGGAAGCCUUACACGAUAAAGGAAGACUUCAUUAUCCGCAACGCCCUAGAAUGGUCGCAAUCGCUGCUGGCCAUGCCGUCCGACGCACAUACCGCAGCAAUGGUGGAUCUUCAACGAAUACUUACUCGAAGCCUGGACCUCCUGUACUCAGGGACGAGCUCGUCGUCUGGUCUGCAAGAAGACUGUGACUACCUGCUCGUCAUCAAGACCAUGGAAACUCAACUUCUUGCCUGGCAGCACGAGUGGUUACGCAUCCGCAAGAUCGACCAAGGAGAGAAGACCGAGUGGUCGCGCAAGUACUCGCAGCUGUCCUGCAAGUUCUACUUCCACUACGCGAUGCUCACAAUGAAUUCCUUCGGACUGCAAAACGCCCUGCAGCGCUCCGCGGUGGACAUUGGGCAUUUCUUUGCACGGUGCCACUCGAGUGCCGUCGAGUGUGCGACCGUGAUAUGCGACGAGUUUGGUGCUCAUGGAUACCUGAAGUAUGCUCCCGAUUGUCUGUUCGUCCAGGGGUCAUACGCUGUACUCAGCUUGUUGAAGCUGUUGCGCCCCGAAUUCAAAGCGUUCCUCGAUCAUGAGCAAAAGACCAUCACCGUCAUCCAGCGCGUCGCCGACGCGUUCGAGAGUGUCGCCGUCGCUUCUCUGCAUACCCCAGCGCUCUACAGCGUGUUCCUUCGCGCUCUCAUCUCCGCGAGGACCGGCGCCGAAGUUCCCCUCACCACAAACGCUCACGGUCCUUCCGCAGUGCAGCCUUCGGAAGCGCACGAGGAGGCCACGUCAACGGCGACUGACGAGUCUGCGUCUCGGGAUAUGGACUUGUCGCAGCAGGAUGGACACGUAGCGCAGCUGCCUCCCGCUCAUGGGCCCGAUCCAUUCGCUGGGUUUUUCAGCAAUGGAGAGAUGGGCCCCGUGGCCGACAUGUCGACGUUCCCGCCGACGAUGGCCCCAAACCCGUCGCUGCCAGACAUGAGCAUGAUGUCCAUGGAUAGCAUCUUAAGCGCAGACUUCUGGGAUAGCAUGCUCGUUCCAGGUUCCUCAAAUGGCAUGGAAGGCCUGAGCAACGGCUUCGUGUAUGGUGCCGGCGGUAGCGGCCUCAUUACGCCGCGUGUCAUGUGGAACUCUCCACUUCCCUCCGCUGACAGCAGCCCCGGCUACUUGCCAGAGAAAACAGACAACGGAUACAGCGUGCCCCAGCCUCGACUGCAUCAAUCUGAUGGUCAAGGUCGAUCGCUUUCAUGA